ACUGUUUUUUCUCCAUGUAAAUGUGCUUUGUAACAGCUUUGUUCUAGUCAAACCAGUUUUCCACUCUGUCGUCGUCCAGGCACCUGAGAGGAUCCUAUUACCGGAAGUCACCUAGCUUGUUAUCACCUGUGCGAACUCCUCAGUGAAGAAGGGACGCCGUCGUGUAGCAGAAAAGGACAAAACUAGUCGACAUGAUUAUCAGCGGGUUGUUUUCGGUGGCUUUGUUCUUUGUCGCAGCGACAGGUGUAAGUGGCUUUUCAGUCUCCACCAGCAACAGCAAUGUGCGGGUGAAAGAGAAUGAAGGGACUGACCUCACAUGCACAUAUUCAGCUGACUUUGGUUCAAAUGCCAGAGUAGAGUGGAAAUAUAUGGACCCAAAAGGCUCAACAACAUAUGUGGUCUUUGAUGGAAAACCAACAAAGACGUACGCCGGCCGAGUGACCAUGUACGCUAGUAAUCUGAGAAUCUCCAAAGUGACCCGUAAUGAUAAUGGCGUGUUCAACUGUGAGGUGUCUGGCAACAGCCAGUUUGGACAAGUCCAAGUGAAGCUGACUGUUUUGGUGCCUCCAUCUCCGCCCUUGUGUAGGGUCCCCACCUCUGUGACGACGGGCAAGGUGGCCCUGUUGACCUGCCAUGACAACGACGGCUCACCUCCGCCCACAUACAAGUGGUACAAAGAUGGCGUCCCUCUGCCAGCUGAACCUAGCAAGAUUGCUGCCUUCAAAAAUGCCACCUACAAGCUAAAUAUGGUCAAUGGCAACCUGGAGUUUCCCUCUGCAACCAAGAUGGACUCUGGUCAAUACCACUGUGAGGCUAGCAACGAUGCUGGUCUUCCACAGCGUAGUAAAAUGCUGACAAUGGAAGUCCGUGACGUAAACACUGGAGGAAUUGUUGCUGGGGUAAUAGUGGCUCUGCUGCUGGUGCUCCUGCUGGUACUUGGCAUUUGGUAUGCCCACAAGAAAGGAUACCUGCCCAAAAAGACUGAAAGCAAACCAAAGCCCAGCGUGGUCUACCAGCCCACAUCUACGUAUGGUGGUAGUAGUACUGGUGGUGGUGAUGAUGAAGAUGGUGAAUUCAAACAGAAGUCGUCAUUCGUGGUAUAGUCUUCAGUAACGACAGGAGAUCGGUUUUAAAUGUCUCAGCAUGAGAUUUUCCUGAAGAUUUUAGUGACGUCUUUCUGUUUAUCUCCUAAAUUGCAGUUUUUGUAGACCAGUGUGAUUGUUUAAGUUGACCUUGAGUCUACUUUAGUGUCUCAGAUGCAUCCAGGUUAUCGGACAUCAUUUACUACAGGCAGGUUAUGAGGCCUCUUUCAGUCUCAUAAGUUGAUAGGCUAUUUUAAUAAAAUGAGCUGUGGCUACUAGUGACCCAUGUUGUCCUCAGACAUCUUCCCAUCUAGGACUGUGUAUUACCGUGUGCCUCCUGAUUUUCGGUGUCUCUUAAUACUGUGUGCGUGUGGUGUUUUUUUUCUCUCCAUUUUUUUAACAAACCAUUGUUGUAAUGUACAAUAUUAUUUUCUAUUAAAGUUUGUGUUUCUUGUAAAUAACUAAACGGUUUUUACAUUUGUAAUUUAAAACAAUUUUAAAAUGGGCUAUCUCUGAGCUUCCUGAUAUUAACUUGAAACUCUACUGCUUCUGCUUGUAUGACUAACAAUUUAGAUGCACAUUUUAAUAUCUAGUUGAACAUGGCUGUUUUAACUUUUAAAUGCACUGUAUGGCGACCUUGGGUGUCCUGAAAGGGCCCUCUAAAUAAAAUUUAUUAUUAUGCUUCAUAUUUCUCUGUUAUUGUUGUCUGAGUCAUACGUUUUGAACUACAUUUGCUUAACUGAUUGGUUUUUACUGUUCAGUACACUUCCUGUUGAAACAUCAGACAUAUGCUGUGACAUUGUCCUGUUAAGUGUGAGGUAAUAAUAUGUUUAACAGGUUUUUUUAAAUGAUUACCAGCCUGUUUUGUAAGGCAUCUUGUGUAGCCUUAUCAUAAUUAUUAAUUACCCAAACUGUUGUGACAUGAUGGUCGUAAUAUUAAUUAUGUCUACCUCUGUGCACUAAAGGGAUAUUAAUUUGUUACCCUUGACAUCCACAAAUUCUCAGGUCAUGUGUUUGAGUGGCUCGUUAAUGUCAGACAUCAAUAUAUCAUGAGAUAUAAUCUAUCGGGUACAAUAUUUACAUUGGGAAACACUACGUUUUCUACAUUGCUUGACCUUUCCUUUUGUAAAAGCAUUAGAGCUAAUGAUUGUUACUUUGACUUAUGUAUUUAAUAAAAUGUUGUUGCUGAA